AUGCAAUUAAAGUUUGUGCUCCUUGUGGCCUUUUUAGGCCUCGCGACUGCCAAUAGGAAAGAAUACAAUGGAUAUUCCUUGUUUGAAAUUACACCCAAAGAUCAGCCAGAAUGGCACUUGGUGAUGCAAUUCCUGGACAAACCCGGCUUUGAUUUCUUUGCUGCUCCCAAAGAAUUUAACAAGCCUAUUACCGUCCUAGUUGCUCCAGAAGUAAUGGUUGGUUUCAAAUCAGUGUUGACUCUUCAAAAAAUUGAAUAUAAAGUUAUCAUUCAAAAUUAUGAAGAUGUGGUACGCGCUGAAGAUGAGGAAUUGGCCAAAAAACCAAGAGACCUGAAGGCUGAUGCGUCUUUCACUUCCUUCAUGACUUAUAAUGAAAUCAUAGCUUACUUGAACUCAUUGGCUUCCAAUUACCCAAAUAUAGUUUCUGUGAAGAGCAUUGGCACAACUUAUGGAGGCAGAGCUAUUCCUCUGAUCAAAAUCUCCAGCGGAGGUAGUAACAAACCUGCUAUCUUGGUAGAUGCCGGCAUCCACGCCAGAGAAUGGAUAGCUCCACCAGUAGCCCUUUACAUCAUUAAUCAACUGGUUGAAAACCCUGACAAUGCAGCUCUCUUCGCUAACGUUGAUUGGUACAUCAUUCCAAUACUCAACCCCGACGGCUAUUCUUACACACACACUUCUGAACGUUUGUGGAGAAAGAACCGCAAGCCCGGCUCCUACUGCUACGGAACCGACUUGAACAGAAACUUCGACUUCCACUGGAUGGAAAACGGCGCCAGCAGCAAUGAAUGUUCUGAAACCUUUGCCGGAACCAAAGGAUUCUCAGAGCUCGAAUCUCAAGCGUUGAGAGAUUUCGUUCUUGCUAACGCCGAUUCUAUCAAAUUGUACCUUACAUUCCACAGUUACGGUCAGUACCUGCUCUACCCGUGGGGAUACACCAGCGCUCUUCCAGACAACGAAGCUACUCUGAGGUCUCUCGCAACCAAAGUUAACGCUGCCAUCAAGGCGGUUGCCGGUACUUCUUACACCAUCGGUACAUCCACCAAUGUGUUGUACGCUGCCGCUGGUGGUAGUGAUGACUGGGUUAAAGGUGUUGGCGGUGUAGAAUUGGCUUACACAAUUGAACUUCCAGCUGGAGGUUCCUAUGGAUUUAACCCCCCAGCAUCUAGAAUCUUACCAAUCGUCCAAGAAACAUGGCAAGGAAUUUUGGUCUACCAGAAAUACGUUGAAGAAAAUUUCGCAUAAAUCUCU